AUGCUCGCCCCACGUGCGAUCAGUGGUUUAGCACCGUCAAGUUUAGAACAGAUUCUGAGGUUACGUCAUGAACGUAAUCAACGGACACCGAAAUGCGCCCGAUGUAGAAAUCACGGCACUGUUUCUGCGCUUAAAGGUCAUAAACGUUACUGUAAGUGGAAGGAUUGUAUGUGUGCGAAAUGUACACUUAUAGCUGAGCGACAAAGGGUGAUGGCUGCUCAAGUUGCGUUACGUCGUCAGCAGAGCCAAGAAGAAAAGGAAACGAAAGACCUCCAGAUGCUACUCGGCAGUAAUGCCAGUGACUUCUUGGAUAUUCUACGUAGAAGUGAACAGUCAGAUUUAUCAGCACCAAUCGACAAUGAGGGUGAGUUGUGA